UUUUCUGGGCGCUUUUCUGCAGUCGUCCCACGAACGUUGCCGCAAUUGGUCGACACGAAUCAGUUCGCGAAUAAAAUGACUGCCACGCCCCUCGCCCACUCUCGCCUCCUGGGAAAAACGCUGGCAUAUUGAGCUGUGCGACUAACUAACUUAUAAAAUUAAAUACUUAAAAGCAAGCCCAACAAGUCGAUAGGAAUCUGCCAAAAAUUGACAUAUAGGUGACACAACAAACGCUUAAAAUUUGUGAGAAACUGUGUGAAAACUAGAACUACAAAAUGCUGAAGCUGUUUAAAAAACCCAAAGACAAAAUUCCCAAAUCGGAAAUCAUAACCGAGCCCAAGGAGCCCAAAACACCGCCGGUCUCCAAGUGCGGAAAACCUUUGCAGUUGGACAACUCGCGUUGGGAGCGCCGCCUACACAAAGAGCUGAUGUCCCUGAUUAAGGAGCCGCCACCAGGCGUAACCAUCGACACCGAGAGCGUACAACAAAAUUUAUCAGAAUGGAAAAUAAACAUUAAAGGUUUCGAGGGCACACUUUACGAGGGCGAGGACUUCCAGCUACUUUUCAAAUUCAACAAUAAAUAUCCGUUCGAUUCGCCAGAGGUGACCUUCAUCGGCACUAAUAUACCGGUGCAUCCGCAUGUCUACAGCAACGGACACAUCUGCCUAUCCAUUCUGACCGAGGACUGGUCGCCGGCGCUGUCCGUGCAGUCAGUGUGCCUUAGCAUAGCCUCCAUGUUGAGUAGUUGUCGCGAAAAGAAGCGUCCGCCGGACAACACGCUAUACGUAAAAACCUGUAAUAAGAAUCCUAAAAAGACUAAAUGGUGGUACCACGAUGAUUCUGUUUAGUUGGAUUUGCCAUUUGCGAAUACUGCCUGCUAAUGUUUGCUUUGCGCAUCCACCCAAAAAAAUAAACACCAUUAGCAAUACAGAAGUAGAAAACGGCGAGAUGCCCCCAGAAAUCCAAGAAAUGUGGGACGGCGGCCAAGCACUGCUCGUGAGUGGAGCCUACUAAAACCCAAGUGAACUCGGAUGCGAACGCAAUGUGUAACAUAGCAAAUGAAGUUAGCGAGAAACUUAUGAGUAGUGUUUGGCAAACAAUCGUGGCACAUGCAAACAAUUCUAAUUGUAGCUAUGUGUAAUCAACAAAGGCGUGUGCGAAAAACUAUUAUUAAAUGUUAACAUUUUAAUUAGAUUGUUAAGACCAAAUUUAUGUCUAAAUUAAAUGUUAUGCUACCAUUUAACUACUAAGUGUAUGCAAACCACUUGAACGUUUGAUGGUUCUGGCACCUAUCGCCAGUUGCUGCUUCCACAUUCCACGUGCAUCGUUCGCGGCAUUCUGCCCGAGGAGCGUCACCCAGCACAUACACAUCGCCUCCAUCCCAGCUUAUAUUAAUUUUUUGUAUUUUAUCAUCAUAGAUGAGAAGCAAAACUCAUGCGAUCAUAGUUAAGAUUACGACAUUUUAAAUGUAUUACCAGCCAUAUCCCCGAUCGCUCUCAUUGUCACCAGUCCUGCACUCUGUAAUCUUCCCACAUUGCCCAUGCAUAGGUCGUUAAGUUAACCAGUUCAUAUACUUGGCUAGGAUAGUCCAUCUGUGGCCAAAAAUCUCGCAAGUGGCCCGAACGCAGAACACAUUUACCUCUAACUGUGCAAGUAGAUCUUAGGAUGUGACGAGCUACUCGUCCGACUAUCAUACGAUUUAACUGUAAUCCGUGUAAUGUAUAAAGAGCAAGUUAAAUCCACUGUAUGUUUAUCCAGCGUAUGUCUAUAAAUGCCUAUAAAUAUUUACUGUUAAAAGUAUUUAAAAUAAAAACAAGUCUGUAGUCAAACGA